CGGCUGCUGUUGUCACCCACCGGGCCGCCUGUCCCGCUUGCCCUCACCGCCGCGGGACUGGCCAGGCCGGGGACAGGCGGCCACCUUCUCAUCACCGCCGCCACCACCGCCAUGCUGGCCGUUCGCCCACCGCACUGGGGGCCCCAUCGCUCCCCAGCCCCCCGUGGGCCCAGCGCCAGCCCUGACCCGGGUCUCAGCGGCGGUGGCAGCCGAGGUGCAGGAUGCGAGAAGGCGCCCCCCGGCCGGGCUCCCGCUCCAGGCCUCACACCCCUGUGGCCCUCUGAGCCCACCAUGGCCGUCCCACCAGGCCAUGGUCCCUUCUCUGGCUUUCCGGGGCCCCAGGAACACACACAGGUAUUGCCUGAUGUGCGGCUACUGCCUCGGAGACUACCCCUGGCCUUCCGGGACGCAGCCUCAGCCCCACUGCGCAAGCUCUCAGUGGACCUCAUCAAGACCUACAAGCACAUCAAUGAGGUAUACUAUGCGAAGAAGAAGCGGCGGGCCCAACAGGCGCCACCCCAGGACUCGAGCACCAAAAAGGAGAAGAAGGUCCUGAACCACGGUUAUGACGACGACAACCACGACUACAUUGUGCGCAGUGGCGAGCGCUGGCUAGAGCGCUAUGAGAUUGACUCUCUUAUUGGCAAAGGCUCCUUUGGCCAGGUGGUGAAAGCCUAUGACCACCAGACCCAGGAGCUGGUGGCCAUCAAGAUCAUCAAGAACAAAAAGGCCUUCCUGAACCAGGCACAGAUUGAGCUGCGGCUGCUGGAGCUGAUGAACCAGCAUGACACAGAAAUGAAGUACUACAUAGUGCAUCUGAAGCGACACUUCAUGUUCCGGAAUCAUCUGUGCCUGGUGUUUGAGCUGCUGUCCUACAACCUGUACGACCUCCUGCGCAACACACACUUCCGAGGUGUCUCCCUGAACCUGACUCGGAAGCUGGCACAGCAGCUCUGCACAGCGCUGCUCUUUCUGGCCACGCCUGAGCUCAGCAUCAUCCACUGCGACCUCAAGCCUGAGAACAUCCUGCUCUGCAAUCCUAAGCGCAGUGCCAUCAAGAUCGUGGACUUUGGCAGCUCCUGCCAGCUUGGCCAGCGGAUCUACCAGUAUAUCCAGAGCCGCUUCUACCGCUCACCCGAGGUGCUCCUGGGCACACCCUAUGACCUGGCCAUCGACAUGUGGUCCCUGGGCUGCAUCCUUGUGGAGAUGCACACCGGAGAGCCCCUCUUCAGUGGCUCCAAUGAGGUGGACCAGAUGAGCAGAAUUGUCGAGGUGCUGGGCAUCCCGCCUGCACCCAUGCUGGAACAGGCACCCAAGGCUCGCAAGUACUUUGAGCGGCUGCCUGGGGGUGGCUGGACCCUGCGAAGGACAAAGGAACUCAGGAAGGAUUACCAGGGCCCCGGGACACGGCGGCUGCAGGAGGUGCUGGGCGUGCAGACGGGCGGGCCCGGGGGCCGGCGGGCGGGGGAGCCGGGCCACAGCCCCGCCGACUACCUCCGCUUCCAGGACCUGGUGCUGCGCAUGCUGGAAUAUGAGCCCGCCGCCCGCAUCAGCCCGCUGGGCGCUCUGCAGCACGGCUUCUUCCGCCGCACGGCCGACGAGGCCACCAACACGGGCCCGGCGGGCAGCAGUGCCUCCACCUCGCCGGCGGGCCUCGACACCUGCCCCUCCUCUAGCACCGCCAGCUCCAUCUCCAGCUCUGGAGGCUCCAGUGGCUCCUCCAGUGACAACAGGGCCUACCGCUACCGAUAUUGUGGGGGGCCUGGGCCCCCCAUCACCGACUGUGAGAUGAACAGCCCCCAGGUUAUACCCUCCCAGCCUCUGCGCCCCUGGGCAGGGGGUGAUGUGCCCCACAAGACACAUCCAGCCCCUACCUCUGCCUCAACAUUGCCAGGGACUGGGGCCCAGUUACUCCCCCAACCCCGAUGCCUUGGACGUCCCCCAUCACCAACAUCACCACCACCCCCGGAGCUGAUGGAUGUGAGCCUGGCAGGCAGCCCUCCAGAAUGCUCUCCACCUCAUCCAGCACCUGCCCCCCAGCACCCGGCUGCCUCAGCCCUCCGGACUCGGAUGACGGGAGGUCGACCACCUCUCCCACCCCCUGAUGACCCUGCCACUCUGGGGCCUCGCCUGGGCCUCCAUGGCGUACCCCAGAGCACAGCAGCCAGCUCAUGACCCUGCCCCCUCCCUGGGGCCCCUCCUGAAGCCAUACCCCCCAUCUGGGGGCCCUGGGCUCCCAUCCUCAUCUCUCCCCUUGACUGGACUUGCUGCUACCCAGCUGGGGUGGGUGAGGCCUGCACUGAUUGGGGCCCAGGGCAGGGGGUCAAGGGAGAGGGGUUUUGGCCGCACCCUCCCCACUAAGACUGGACCCUUGGCCCCCUCUCCCCCCUUGUUUUCUAUUUAUUGUACCAAAGACAGUGGUGGUCCGGUAGAGGGGAGAUUGCCCCUCACCCUAGGGCCCUAGGAGGGGGUGGGGGCAGGUAGGGGGAGAUGGCCUUGCUCCUCCUUGCUGUACCCCCCAGUAAAGAGCUUUCUCACA